AUGGUUGCUACUCUUGCGGUUUUCUUCGUUGAUCCUGGUGACGGUCUGCUGCGAGUGAUUCUCGAUUUCGACCAUUGGGAAGUGUACAACGGGUCGUCGUUUUUUAACAUGGAAAAGUUUCGCGUACGAAAAUACAACCGUACGUUGUCAGUGAUGAACGGCACGGGAGUGCUAUUAGUCGAUCUGGACAAUCGAUACUCGUAUGGAUUUGAUUUUGCUCGCAGUGCCCAGGGUAACAAUCAGUUCAACGCAUACCCUAUGAAGCUACCAUCUACGCCAUUUUGCGAUUUUAUAAAAACGUAUUAUCGCGAAUAUCAGCAUCUGUUUUUGAACAAGACUAACCUUCCAUUCGUGACAGAAGAAGGCCUGUGUCCAUUUCCGAAAGGAACUUACUGGAUUAAGGAUGCAUUUAUCGACUCAUCCGUUAUUCCGGUGGUUGUACCAGAGGGAAUGUGGCGUUGCACGACGGAUCUAAUUGAUACGGAAACAAAGGAGAUCGUUGCUCGUGGUUCCAUGUACGUUAGAUUGACCAAAGAAAUUGCUUAG